UUUAUAGAAAUAUAACUAAAAUAGAUUAUACAAAUGGGGCCAACCUUCACCUUAGAAGAUGAUUUUGGAGCGUUGAGUUAGACCUAAACCCAUAUUUAUAGUUAAAUAGUGCUGAUUAAAAAAAAAAUUUAAGUAGUUGUAGUUAGGCAAUUCAAAUAUAGGAAAAACUAUCCAUAAGUUUUGUAGUGAUUCAACCGGUGGGAAUGGGGGAGUCUUGCUUUCUUCUGUCCUUCCUUGCUUUCCUAUGUUAUAAAUUUACAUCUUCGUCGCUGCUAUGUGUGAAUUUGGUAUAUAUACUUUGUUCAUUAUUAAUGCAUUUAUAUGUUCUGGUUCUGUAGCUCCAGCAAAUGGUUGAUUCGUUCAUAAUAUUAACAGCGCAGCAGUCUGACUUAAAUCUGAAUGCUGAAAGUCUGGAACUUCCUCUUCCAGGCUUCAAUAACUCUAAUUUCUCUAUGAAAAAUCCAUGGACUCAGUUUAACCCUGCUCACAUACGAAUUGUUCCAUUUCCCACGCGAGAGUAUACUGAUGACCAGUUUCAGUCAAUCAUAAAGAAAGUAAUGGGAAUAUUGUACUUAUUGGGGUUUCUCUAUCCAAUUUCUCGCCUAAUCAGUUAUUCUGUGUUCGAAAAGGAACAGAAGAUUAAAGAAGGACUAUAUAUGAUGGGCCUAAAAGAUGGUAUAUUUCAUCUUUCUUGGUUUAUCACAUAUGCAUUGCAGGUAAAUCGAUUCUUUUUCCAUAGGACUUUCUUUUCUUUUGCAAUGUUUACAAUCUUGCUCAUUAUCGGGAUUAAUGAAUUGGGCUUUCCAAUUCAAGAAUGAAACUUGAAAUCUACUCUACCCUAAUGCAUUGUUUGGUUUUAAAGGAGGGGAAGAAAUGGGAGGACACCUUGUUGAGUUCACAAAGGGAGGGGAGGGAAAUAGAAUGUUGAACUUUUAUAAACUUAAAAUAGAUAAAUAAAGCCAUUACUUAAGGAUAGUUAAUUAGUAUAAAAAUUUCUCUACCCCUCAAAUUCUCCCAAUUUUUCUGCGCAUGAAGGGGUGGGAGGUGGAGGAGCCAAAAUUGUGUGGAGGCAUUCUGGUCCCAUCCCCUUCAAUUUUUUUUCAAGCAAUUAUUAUAUUCAAUUUACCACCUUUUUUUUUUUUUUAAUUCCACAAGUGCUUGUUGCGAAGUUUAUCCAACUUAGAUAUUGUCAACUCACAAAAAAACAAAGGAAUAGUGUAUGGAAAGAUAUUGACAAUUUGCUAAAUAAGUGCUGGGGAGCUUUCCGUGAUUAUGUCAUCAACAUAAACUUGUAAGUUUAC